AAAUAACAUCGAACAAUACUAUAUAUAAUGCAAUGGUAGAUAUAUGUAGGGGAUAAAGGGCAAGGUCUACCUGAAUGAGAAGAGCCAAAGGUUAUGUUUAUAAAAAGGAAGCUGUCGCCGUUAAAUAGUAUAUCCAACAACCGCCAGGGUUUUCCAUAACCGAGCGACCGAAUUUCGUUAGGCAUGUUAGCAAUAGAGGAUUUUCAAUCAUUCAUCAUUUGAGUUAACUCAUUAAAAUAUGAUGCUGAUUAAACUUUGCUUCGCGUGUUCAAUACUGGUUAUCUACAUUGCUCAUACAGAUGGGGCAACUCACACAGAAGAUAAUGUACUUGACUUUUUCCCUUCAACCAACGGUGAUGGAUUGAAUGUAGUAUGGGCUCAUGGCGUCAACAGUAUCGCAGCCCUCAACGAGAGUCUUGCAGACGACACCAUGAUGUUAGAAACCGAUAUCAUCCUACGGGGUAUCGGGACUGAAAAUCAAACUAACAUUCCUGUUCACGCACAUCCUCCCUUGACCGAUAGUGACCUAACCCUUGAACACUUCCUUCAGGUCACAAUACAGCAUGCAUACAAAGGAAUGAAACUUGAUUUCAAGUAUUUGGAAGCUCUUGAGCCUUCCAUGGUUCUCAUAAGAGAUUAUGAGUCAGAACUCAAAGCGCCACUUUGGAUCAAUGCUGAUAUCGUGAUUGGUCCAAAUUCACCACGUGAUCCUGUGCCGCCUCAGCCCUUCAUUGACAUUGCAAAUAGGUACUUUGACAAGACCACAUUAUCACUGGGCUUCACGACAGCUUGGGGUCCCUUGAUGGCCGAUAAGCUCUACACAUGGACCAUGAUCUUCGAUAACCUAUACUACUCUUACCCUCUGGACCCACAACCAGUCACCUUCCCAAUCCGGGCAGUCUGGUGCAAAACGUCCUGGCCAAAAUUCGUGUGGCUCCUCGGUCUCCGGGAUUCCUUCUCUAUCACCGUGUGGUCGUCAGGGAGCGACAUCGUUGACGUCGAAGGACUCGUUGACCUGCGCACGCACGGUGACAUGAGGAGAAUAUUCUACGAUCUUCCAGAUCUCCAGAAGGAGGCAUUCUUGACCGCCCUUGAUGAUCCGGAAAGGACGCCCUCACCCCCACUGGACACGGCCUGGGAACGAGAACAAUGGAUGGCGUUUGAAAAUCAAGACGGACGAAACUUUGUGUUCCUCAGCACUGAGGGGCUUGGUAUAUCUGGAAACGCUUCCCGAGCAGCAAUUGUUCACUCUAAGAGACAGCAUAUGCCUGGAAAUGAUGAACCAAUGGCAGUGAGGACACGAGUUCAGUUCGUGGACAGAUACGAUUCCACAUCGACAGCAACAGUUGACAUCUUCAUCCGUAGCAAAAACCUGGUUGACGACGCGGAAACGCGGGAAAAUAUUUUGGCAGGAAACACGGAUCCAUCGGGGCUGAAGUAUUCUAUUAGCUCAGAUGGUGGAAUUGCAUUUAAUGGAACACAGUUCUCGGAAUCAUUACCUGCCGCAGAAUGCUACAAUGUCCAGAUCUUGGACCAUCUUGACGGGAGCAUGCAGGUGGAUUUCAUCGUGAAGACCUGCAGCGACGCCCUCGAAGACGAUCCCAACGCUGAGAAGGUAAUCAUGUCCUUUCCCGAGAAGGAGAUGGACGAUGGUCAGGAAUACUACGUCAUCGUAAUGAAAACCGGAAGUGGCAAAGACGUCAUCCUUGAGGACCUUCAUGUUAAGGGGUCCCAAGAUCCUGAAGGACUCUACACUACCCCAACUUACACGACCGAAUCACGAGGAAGAUCUCUCCUAGAAGCUACAGGCUUGUUCUCUUUGGUGAUAAGCGCAAUCAUAACAAUUAUUCUUAGUACUAAUUGCAUGUUCUUUUUAUCAAAAAAGGUGAAAAAUCAUACGCCAAAGUGGACAUAAUGGACAAGGGCUGUCGUUACGAGGUAUGUGGUAUGUUAGGGCGAAAGCUCAAUAACUGUGGAACUAAUUUCUCAUAGCAAUUUAUCAGUAUUGAAAACUCGUUUUUAUCUGUAUGGAAAAGCAUUUGAAUAUAUUGUUUUGAUCUUUUAGUAUAUAUAAUUUGAGUUUAUUUGCUCUAUAUAAAAGUAUAUCAUUACUAAAAGCCCAUUGUACUUCCUACACCAGCGGUAAUUUAGCAUGUGUAGGUAUUUUCUCCAAUUAAAACCAAACUUUGAUGUCAAAUU